AUGGAUUCGCCAUUACUACAUUUACCUCACAAUACUAAUACCAUCAUGUCUCGAUAUCUACCUGGAAACUGGUUCUACUCACUCCAGGCACUUUUGCAACACAAAAUCUGCAGUAAGUUGUCAAACAUCUUUGUUGCUGAUGAUGAUGACGACGAUGAUGAUGAUGAUGAUGACAGGUAUGAAUGGGAGCUAAGCAAGCUUCCCAAAAACCCGACAGAUACAUGGAUCCUGUUGUCGCAGGACCCGUACCAGACUGAAAAGAUAACUAUAUACAGCUCCAUUGAGAAGAACGUUUACACCAUUAAGCUGAGUUCGUUUCUUGGUGGAUGGUGGUGCUGUGGAAUAUCAAAGGGUUGCUUUCUGAUGGCGAAACCCGAAAAAGAUUCUAUACCAGCGAAGCUCUGGAUCCCGGCUGCGAGGACUGGAAUCAGGCUUCCUCCCCUGUCAACAAUCCCCUGUUUCAACCACUUGAAGGAGGAGGAGAAAGACGGCGGAUACGAACAGGUUGACAUCUGUGGCUUGAUCCACAGUGUUGAGGUUUUCUCAGACGUCCAUGACAUUAGAAGAAGUGCAAUCGUGGGUAUUACUUUUGGCGGUAAGGAUCAACGUAAAGGUUUCGCGCUCUGCAGAUCUCUAGACCAAAAAUGGAGCACUCUAUCUGGAGACAGGACUCAAUGGCUGAUAUCAAAUACCAAGACAAAUACUGCGUCUUCGGUGUAG